AACCUUGGGGGUCUCUCUUCCAAAAUAAUACCCCAAACCUCUCUACCUCUCAUUUUGGGCAUCAUUUCCUUUCCUCCUUACCCACUCCCCCCAUAAGUUCCAUUUCAAGUUUAGUUUCAAGGCUUCCAUUUUUUCUUUUCCUUUUCCAAUCUUUCAUCAUUUUCUCCUCUUCAACGUAUCCUCACCCGGUCAGGUGAAUAAAUUUCCAAGAAAAAGAGGGAAGACAGAGAAAAAAUGGUGAACAUUUACCGCCGGGCCAUCAGCGAACGCAUCCCAAAAUCCUCUGGUUCAGGUUCACCAAAGGCAGAGGUAGGAGAGAUUGAUACCACAGCACCAUUUCAAUCCGUCAAAGCUGCCGUUAGUUUAUUUGGAGAAGUAGCCGUCACCAAGGAAAGACGCACUCCCAGAAGAUCAAGAAUUUCUUCAGAGAAUGUAAUAGACAAAGAGACGCAGCUUCUUCUAGCAGAGAAAGAGUUCAACAACAUGAAGCAAAAGCUAGAGAGCGCCGAAGCUACGAAGGCGAAAGCGGAAUCUGAGCUCGAAAGCGCGAAGAAAACGUUGCAGGAUUUGGCCGAGAAACUCAAAGCGGUGACGGAGUCGAAGCGAUCGGCGAUCGAAGCGACCGAAGCGGUGAGGGAACAAGGCACUCAACUUGAAUUCCAGAAACCGCAGAACAACCAAGAAUGCGAGGUGAGGAAGAAGGAGUUGGAGUCAGCGAGGGAGCAAUACAUCGCCGUCGCGACGGAACUCGAUGCCAAGAAGCAAGAGCUGAAUAAAAUCAGGCAGGAUUUCGACACGGCGUUGGAAGUGAAAUUGGCGGCGUUUCAGCAGGCGGCGGAGGCGCAGCUCUCGGCAAAAAUGCAUUCCGAGAGGGUUACCGAGCUGACGAAGCAAAUCACGGUGAUGAAGGAAGCGAUUAAGCAAGUGAAAUUCGCUACGCAACAAGUGUACAAAGAGCAGGAGAGCAUAGCGGCGGAUAAAGAAAUGUUGCAGAAAUCUUAUGAGAGUGCUAAAGAGGAAGCGGAUAAGAAAUUGAAGGCUGCGAGGGAGGCGUAUGAUCCAGAGCUAGCGAGAUCUCUGGAGGAGAAGCUUAAGGAAACCACGGAGGAGGUCGAAGCGUUGCAAGAUGAGAUGAAGAAAGUUCAUGCUAUGGAAAUGGAUUCCGUUAGGGUUUUGACAUCGGAACUUAACGAAGCUACGACGACGCUGCAAAUGGUGGCCGACGAAGAGUGUUCCCUUCGGAAUUUAGUGAGCUCCAUUAGGAUGGAACUUGAAGAGGUGAAGAGGCAACAACGAGAGAGUGAAAUGAAGAUCCAAAAUGAAAGUGAAAAAGAAGCUCUUAGUGCUGAUCAUAACAUUAGGCUUCAACAGCUUUUAUUAGAAACAGAGAAUGCUAGAAAUGAAACUCAACAGAUGAAGAAGAACAUGGAAAUUCUGAAGAAAGAAGCCGAAGAGGCUGAAACGGCAGUGAAGGACUUAAAGCAAAAGCUAGAGCUCGCUUUACAACAAGCCGAGGAAGCGAAAGCGGCGGAGAAGAAGGCGCUCGACGAAAUGCGGCUAUUAGAAAAGGGGACCGGUAGGGGAAAGAUAAAGAUAUCCAAAGAAGAAUUCGAAGCGUUGAAAAAGAAAGUAGAGGAGUAUGGGAAUUCAUCGGAGCAGAAAAUAGCUGCUGCAAUGGCGGAGCUGGAAGCGAUAAACGCGAGCAAAAACGAAGCGGAUGAGAAGGCGGAAGAGAAUUUGCAGGCAAUCGAGGAAAUCAAGGCCGCGACAGAGAUGGCGGAGAAAUCGGCGAUGACGGCGGAGGCGGCAAAGAACGUUCUCGAGGGUGAACUUAGAAGACGGCGUCAACAAGAAGAGGUAGUUGCAACAUCGUCUUAACACGUCGGGAUUGUGUAUCGUCUCACAGCCGGGCGGCGACCCACCCUUAUCGAUCGUUUUCCCUCCAUUAACGCAUUCAUUGUACACUUUUUUUUUUUUUUUAAAUUCAUUAUAUAUGUAUAUGUAUGUAUAUGUUAUAUAUGAAAUUGCUAUCCUUCUUUGAAUGAAAUGGAGCGGAAGAAACUAGUGAGGGUA